AUUGGCCUUUGCGAAAGGGGAGGAGUAGGCGAGGAGUCCCUGGUCACUGUGAUACUUAGAACUUUCAAAUUACAAUUUGCCGCCAAGGCGUGUGCAGCUGAGGUUUAAGUUGCUGAGGGAAGUGGGCGGCCUUGCCCUUGCGUCAGCAGACCCUCUCUAAAGUCUACUUUCUGACUUGAGCAGGCACAGUGGCCGGGUCCACUGGCUACGGAGAGACUGGCCUGUGACAGGUGAUCCUAGGGAGCGUGAGUGGGGCGCGCCAUGUUCACCCUCCGCUGGGGAUGGGGGCUGGGCUGCCUCCGGCUCUGUCAGCUGCGAGCAUGGGCCCCCGAGGCCUCAGUGCCCUGGGCAUGUGGGGCUUGUCAAGCCCGGAUGUACGGCUCAGGUGGGUCCAAGCCCGAGGUCUCUCCGUCUGGCCCCGCGCGCCCGAGUCUGAAAGAGUGGGCGCUGAUGGUGAGCCCUUUCGGUCGGCUGCGGGCACGGCUUCCAUGCCACCUGGCCGUGAAGCCCCUGGACCCCAUCUCCCACCCGGACAACAACCACGUGCUGGUGGCGGUGAGUGGAGUGGAGGGCGCGGCGCAGGCCGUGGCCGGCCUGCAGGUGACAUACGACGAGGCGCAGAAGGAGGUGAUCAUCGUGUCCGACGUCAUCGAUCCCCAGGCGUCUGUGGAAGUGAGCGCGCCCCUGAUGUUUGAUUUGAAUAUCAAGUCAUCAGGUUCUGGCUGUGUAAAAGUCCAAAAUUUUGAAUGUGAUAAUUGCAGAAUCGAAACUGAGCAGGGGACCAGCAUUUUACAGUCUGUUAAGAGUCAAAAAUUGCAUAUUGAAUCAAAAGGAGGCAAAGUUAUCUGCCUGGGAACAAUUUAUGGAAAUAUAGAUAUUCAUGCAUCAGAUAAAAGUACUGUGACAGUAAAUAAACUACAGGGAAGUUCUGUUAAUAUAUCUACUGAGGAUGGUUUGCUGAAAGCCAAGUAUCUUUACACAGAAUCGUCCUUUCUGUCUUCUGCUGCUGGGGAUAUUUCAUUAGGAAGUGUUCAUGGGAAUAUAACGUUACAAAGCAAGCUGGGUAAUAUCACAGUAGAUUCGUCUUCUGGAUGUCUAAAUGCCUCAACUCAUCAGGGUGCCAUUGAUGUUUAUGUCAGCCACCUGGGGAAAGUGGAUUUGAAAUCCCAUAAAGGCUCUAUUCUUGUCAAGGUUGCAUCUUCUCUUCAAGCUUAUUUACAGUUAUCAGGGAAAAAGAUUGAUGUGAACUCAGAAGUCCAUGUUGAAGAAAUGAAUGAAGCUCAUAAAGAUGAUGGUGUAGUAAUUACUGGACUCUUGAAUCAAGCAAGCAAAAAUGAAAAAUGGAUUAAGGCUGAUGCCCCACAAGGCACUAUAAGUUUCAGAAGUCAGAGCUGGUUUCAGUCCCUAAAACUGCUGGACUGAGAAUGGUUUGAGUUAUGUUUAUAAUUUUUAACAAUGAUUAGUAGAUCUAUGACUACAAACAUGUAAAUAUCACUGUUCAUGUAAAUGUUGAAAACGACAAAUUGGAAUGUCUUGGGGGAGCCUUGUCAAAAUUUGUACUUAACUAUUACAUUAUUUUUUUUUUUCUGUAACAAAUUACUAUAAACAUGUUGACUUAAAUCAAUACCCGUUUGCUCCAGAAUCUCCUGGAUUCUGACUCCACACAGCAGGAAUCCAGCACCAUCCCCAAGGCCCCCUGGGAUUCUGCAGUCAUCCACCACAUGAGUUGGUUCCACCAACCAGGGGCCAGUCAAGCCUGUGAGACCACUCACAUAAUCACCCUGCCAAAACAAGAAGACCCAUGUAGACCUCAGAGGGGGAACCCCUAGAGUACAUAAUGUGGUGACAAGAGUUGAAUGCACUUCUGGAACAAAAAGCUCACUUCUUUAAGGUUGGGAAACAUAACCAACCUUCCAGAUACCUAAAAAUAAGAACAGCUGCUUAGGCAAAAUAAGACAUAAGAAGAGCAUGUUCCAAACAAAGGAACAAGGUGAAAACCUGGAAGAACUAAAUGAAAUGGAAAUAGGCAAUCCAACUAAUAAAGAGUUCAAGGUAGCGAUUGUAAAGAUGAUCAAAGAACUUAAGAGAAGAAUGAGUGCACAGUGUGAAAAGCUAGUUUUUAACAAAGAGUUAGAAAAUGUAAAGAGCAACCAGAGAUGAAGAAUAUAAUAACUGAAAUAAAUAGAAGGAAUAAACAAAGGACUAAAUAAAACAGAGGAAUGGAUCUAUGAGCUAGGAGACAGUAGUGGAAAUCACUGUUCUCAAAGGUAAAAAGGAAUGAAGAGAAAUGAAGAAAGUUUAAGAGACCUCUGGAGCAACAUCAAGUUCACUAACAUUUGCAUUAUAGGGCUCGCAGAAGGAGAAGAGAGAGAUAAAGGGACUGAGAACAUAAUUGAAGACAAAAAUAGCUGAAAACUUCCUUAAUCUAGGAAGGGAAACGGACAUCCAAGUCCAGGCAGUGCAGUCCUAUACAGAAUUAACCUAAAGAGGAAGACACCAAGACUCAUUGUAUUUAAAAGGACAAAAAUUAAAGAUAAAAGAAUAUUAAAAGGAGCAAGGGAAAAGCAACAUACAAAGGAACUCCCAAAGGCUAUCAGCUGACUUUUCAGCAAAACUGCUGGCCAAAAGGGAGUGGCAUGAUAUAUAUAAAGUGGUGGAAAAAAAACAAAUCCCAAGAAUACUCUACUCAGCAAGGCUCUCCAGAUUUGAUGGAGAGAGGAAAGCUUCACAGAGGAGCAAAAGCUAAAAGAAUUCAUCAUCACCAAACCAGCUUUAUAAGAAAUGUUAAAGAAACCACUUUAAGCAAAAAAGGACCCAACAAGGAACAUGAAAAUCAUGAAAAACCUCAUCAGUUAAGGUCAGAAAUCAUCCAUGCACAAAGCAGUAGGAUGGUUAAAAGACAAAAGUCGUAAAAUCAUCUAUAUCCACAAUAAGUAGCUUUAAAAUGCUAACAGCUUUAAAAGGAGAAAUCCACAGUAACACAAUAAUAGUGAAAGAUUUUAGCACUCCACUUACAUCACUGGACAGAUCAUCCAGACAGAAAGUCAUUAAGGAAACACUGGCCUUAAAUGACACAUUAGACAAAAUGGAACUAAUAGAUAAGUAAAACAUUCCAUCUGAAAGCAGCAGAAUACACAUUCUCUUCAAGUGUUAUAGAACAUUCUCCAGGUUAGAUCAUGUGCUAGGCCACAAAACAAACCUUAGUAAAUUUAAGAAAAUUGAAAUUUUGUAAAACAUCUUUUCCAACUGCUACACUGUGAGAGAGACUAGAAAUCAACUACAAGAAAAAAUUAAAAAGCGGAGGCUAAACAAUAUGCUGCUAAACAACCAAUAGAUCACUGAAGAAAUCAAAGUGGGGGGAGGGGAGGGAAGCCUGGAGACAAAGGAAAACAAAAACACAAUGAUUCAAAAUCUGUGGGAUGCAGCAAAAGCAGUUCUAAAAGGGCAGUUUAUACAGAUAUAAGCCUGCCUUGGGAAACAGGAAAAAAUCUCAAACAACCUGGCCUUACAAGAAACUAGAAAAAGAAGAAGAAACAUAACCCAAAGUUAGUAGAAGGAAAGAAAUAAAGGUCAGAGCAGAAAUAAAUGAAAUAGACUCUAAAACAACAAUAAAAGCAAUUCAGUGAAACUUAUAGCUGGUUCUUUGAAAAGAUAAACAAAAUUGAUAUACCUUUAGCCUUGAUAAAGCUUUAGCCAGACUCAUCAAGAAAAAGCAAGAAUCCAAAUCAAUAAAAUUAGAAAUGAAGAAGUUACAACUGAUAUCGCAGAAAUACAAAGGGUCAUAAGAGACUACUGCAGACAACACUGUAUGUCAAUAAAAUGGACAACCUUGAAGAAUGUACAAAUUCCCUAUAAUCUACCAAAACUAAACCAGAAAAAAAAGAAAAUAUGAACAGACCAGUUACAACUAAUGAAGUUGAAUUAGUAAUAAAAAUCUCCCAAAACCCAAAGUACAGAUGGCUUUACAGAUGAAAAUAUUUAGAGAAAAGUUAGCACUUAAGUUUCUGAAACUAUUUCAAAAAAUUGAAGAGAAUUGAACACUUCUGAAUUCAUUCCAGCAUCAUCCUGAUACCAAUACCAAAGAUAUCUCACACCACAUACACACACACACACACAUUGCAGGCCAGUAUCACUGAUGAAUAAAGAUAUAAAAAUCCUUAACAAAAUAUGAGCGAACUGAACCUAACAGUACAUUAAAAGGAACAUACACCAUGAUCAAUCAGGAUUUAUCCCAGGAAGGCAAGAAUUUUUCAGUAUCUGAAAAUUAUUGUGAUAUACCACAGAAACAAGUUGAGGAAUAAAAACCAUGGGAUAACCUCAACUGAUGCAGAAAAAGCUUUUGACAAAAUUCGGUGUCCAUUUAUGAUUAAAAAACAACAAAAAGACCCUCCAGAAAGUGGGCACAGAGGGAACAUGCCUUAACAUAAUGAAGGCCAUGUAUGACAAAUCCACACUAGCAUCAUAUUCACUGCUAAAGAGCUGAAAGCAUUUCCUCUACGAAGAGGAACAAAACAGGGAUGCCCACUCUGACCAUUUUUAUUCAACAUAGUAUUGGAAGUCUAGCCACAGCAAUCAGACAAAAAUAAAAGGAAUCCAGAUUGGAAGGGAUGAAGUGAAAAUGUCACUGUUUGCAUAUGACAAACAAGAGACAGACAAUCCUAAAGAUGCCACCAAAAAACUACUAGAGCUGGUUACUGAAGUUGUGGUGUUUCUGGAAACAAAAUUAAUAUGCAGAAAUUUGUUGCAUUUCUUUUUUAUCUAUAAUUACUCUUUUUAUUAUAUCUCUAAUGUAUUUUUUUAAUUUUGUAAAAUAUAAUUUAACAGAAUUACAAAAUAAGAAUGAGCUUAAGGGAGUUCCUGUUGUGGUGCAGCAGAAAUGAAUCCAACUAGUAUCCAUGAGGAUGCAGGUUUGAUCCCUCGCCUUGCUCAUUGGGUUAAGUAAGGAUCUGGCAUUGCUGUGAGCUGUGGUGUAGGUCACAGACACAACUUGGAUUGUGCUAGGGGGUAUCAAUUCAGUCCCUAGCCAGGGAACUUCCAUAUGCUGCAGGUGUGGCCCUAAAAAGCCAAAAAAAAAAAAAAAAAAAAGAAGAAGAAAAAGAAUGAGUUUAAGGAGUGAACAUCUUCCUUAUGCUUGUGUUUUCAAUAUUAGAAAAGAAUUUACCUAAAAUAUUAAAAAAAAAAGUCUUGGAAAUCAGCCAAACAAUACUUGAGAAUUUCUCCUGACUUCAAAUCCUUUUAUGUACCUUUUCCCCUUGAGCAUUUACUUUUCCCUGUGUCUUGAGUAGAAAAUGAAGUAAAAUAUGUCCUUGGAAUGCUC